AUGGCUUCCAGUAAAUUUAAGUAAGUUUUUGAGUUUAAAAGUUUAUAUUGACAUUGUUGAAAUUUCAUUUUUAAAUUUUUUAUUUUUUUUAGUUUUACAGUCUUAUCAUUGCUUAAUGAUAAGAAGAUAAAUUGCUUUAAAAUGCCAAGUUUUUAGUUGUACUUCCGGUUCUGUCUGCGAUUUUUUGUUUGAUAUCAAGUUACCUUUUUAUUUUUCCCUACGGCUAACUAUACUCUAGUCCCAGCUCUACACGUUAGACGUGAGAAAAGUGUCGGACCGGGCCUGAGCGUUAGGCCCGGCCCAAUCAAAAUUUUGCUCAAGGCCGGCCCGUUUCUUAUUUCUAGCUAGGCCUGACCCAAAUUUAGAUCGGGUGGGUCUGAGAAAAAUUUUGGUCGAGCCGGGCCUAACAUUGAGGCCCAGCCCGUUCUUCAUGUCAAUCUACCCAUUACGCAGUCUAACCCUAGACUCAACUUAGUACACCUCAAACUUUAGCCAAGUCCAAUCCUAGUCUUAGCUUAAUCUAACCCUAGUCGUGACUUAGUUAAACCCUAGUCUUAGUCUAUUCUAACCCUAGCCAUAAUUUAGCCCUAGCCCUUCCAUUAAUAUAGUAUAACUGUAUUUUUCAGUUAGUCCACACCUAGUCUUAAUUUAGUACAACCCUAGACUUAAUCAAACAAAACUUUUGUGUUAACCUAGUCCACCACCAGGAUUAACCUAGUCUAACCCUAUAUUUGACUUAGCCCAGGCCUAACCAUGUCCUACUGUCAGCUCUACUUGUACCAUAGUCCAAUUAUAGUCUUAACCAAUUCCAGCCCUCAUCUUCACAUAGUCCAAUUCAAGUCUUAAACUAGUAACAUAGUUCAACCUAAGACAUUAACCUAGGCUAACCCUAGUCUUAACCUGGUCUGACCCUAACUACUUCUUAACUCCUACUCUAUAGUAUAACCCUAGUCUAAAAAUAGUCAAAUCCUAGUCUUAACCUAGUUAAACUCUAGUCUUAACCUAGUCCAACCCUAGUCGUAAUCUAGUAAAAACCUAGCCUUUAUUUAGUUUAACCCUAGUCAACCUAGGGUAACGCUAACCACGCUCAAUUAUAAUUUUUGUCUCAUAAAAAACUAAUGGUUUACUAUUACUUUUUUAUGUAUGACAUUUUGAAAAGUUGAACCAGACUUUUUUUAAUGAAACAAAGCAAAAUUACGUCCGGUUAUUAGCCUUACAUUCACUCGAUUCCUGUUUUUAUAAACAACGUCUAUUUUUAAUUUGAGUACUAAUCUAAAACUUAUAUAUACCUAAACUAUCACUAGUAUAAUACGUCAAAUAAGACUUUCUAUUCUGUAUGUGACACUAUUCUUAUACGUUUAAAAUUACCUUCUAAUAAGCUAUAUAUCUACUUAAAAGUCGACUCUAAAUGCCAAAUUACAGUGUGUACAAAGCAUCGUUAGCCUGGAACCGCAACGAUGCCUCCGAUUCACUUAUGGAUGACAGUACGGUUGUCAUCAUUAUAUCCGGCCUCAUAAUUCUGUCAAUUCUAUUAUGUUUCUGUUAUACCGAAGACAAACUAAAGAGUUGGAAGAUGGCGAAAAGGAAAUUGACUGAAGAACAGGCGAUUAUCAGCGUUCCGGAAAUCGAAGAACAGCCCGUUUUUAUCGUGCCGCAAGAACAAAUUAUCGGAAAUGAUCUCGAAAUUGUAUGA